AGAUGCGUUUUUACUGUGUAGUUGUACAUGGGUCAAGAAUCGUCACGUAUGUCCACCUCUUACGAUCUGUUGGCUCGAGAAAGCUGGGAAGAAUCGGAGGGAUCCGACAACGAGAUCAGCGGGCCGUUGUUGGACAGCAGAUCGUUGGCCACGCACUUUACUUCGAGCCUGUUUCUGGAUCGGGACCGAAAGACACCGACUAAACGAACAUUCAAGUGUUCCCACUGUAGCGAAGUGUUUGAUUGCCCGAAAGAACGUAGAGUUCACAGCACAACGGUACACAAGGAUGCGAUGCCCAGUAGCAGUAGAGACCAGCUGGAUCAGCCGGAGGUGAAGGACAUCAAGUUGCUGGACAGUCGCAUGAACAUGUUCGACGACAUAUUCAUGCCGAGUAUACACAUGCAGCAACACAUGUAUCAUCAUCAGCAGCCGCUCCUGCACCAACUACAGCCACCGUCGCAGCCUGGAUCGGACGGCCUGACGAAGGCCGAGGCCGACCAGAAGAUCGGCGAGAAUCUGGUGAUACCGUCGAACAUCGAGGUGAUCUGCACAAUAUGCAAUCAGCGAUUCAACAGCGAGAAGUCCCUGCAGGCGCAUCACCGGCGCAUGCACAUCGCCGACGUGAACAAACGCAUACGCGAGACCGCCAAGUGCCAGAUAUGCAACGAGGAAUUCCCGUCGGUGUUCCUGUACAACGCUCAUCUGAAGAUACACCCGUUAGAGUGCGGACAGUGCGGCAAGUAUUUUUAUCGCAAGCAAAACUUUAAGCUCCACAUGAAACGUCACUUGGGCAUCAAGCCGUUCCCGUGUACCGUGUGCGACAAGGCGUUCCUCACCAAGCAGAAGCUGGAGGAGCACACCAACGGCCACACCGGCAACGCGCCCGUCAGGUGUAGUCUGUGUAACGAGACCUUCCGCAGAUACUCGAAUCUGACCCAGCACAAAAACAGGCAUCACCUCAACAUCAAGAAGAAGCUCAAGGACUACAUAUGCCACUGCGGCGAGGUGUUCCACACGAAGAAGAAGCUCGCCUGGCACAAGGAGACGCACGACGAGAAGCCUAAGGCGUGCACGUACUGCAACGAGCGAUUUAUCCACAUGGCCAGUCUGACGCGUCACAUGCGUCGCGCCCACAAUCGCCGAUUCGUUCCCGACGCUCAGCGCGAGAGCGAGAACGUCGAGUGUCCGAUCUGCAAGUGCAUCUACCUGCGAUCGUCCCUGGCGGUGCAUAUGCGCGUGCACAACGGCGAGCGGCCGUACGAAUGUCAGGUCUGCUCCAAGGCGUUCAGCACCAAGUGGAACCUGCAGCUGCACAAGUGGACUCACGCGGCGCGCAGCACCAAACCGUUCAAGUGCAACCAGUGCAGCGCGGCGUUCUACCGUCACAGCGAUUACACGGCCCACAUGAAUUCCCAUCGGAAUGUACGGCCGUACACGUGCAACUACUGCGGCGCGCAGUUCAUCCGCAAGUACAACUGCCUGCGGCACGUGAAGGAACACGAGGAGAACAAGGCGUACACGUGCGACGUGUGCAACAAGACCUUCCACCGCUCGUACUAUCUCAAGGAGCAUCUGCGGGUGCAUUCGGGCGCGCGUCCGUACACGUGUCACAUCUGCGGCAAGUCCAGCGGCACGAAGUCCAAUCACAACAAGCACGUGCGAAUUCAUCACGCGCGCGAGCCUGUAAAUACCGAAAAUUGAAUGAGGAUCGCCAGAUCGUCUGCCCGCUACAUUGAUUUUGGCGCUUUCGUGGUCACAAUCGGGACGAGUCGGACGACUCAGCGCGGCCGCCCGCGCUGUACUUAUAGCGAGAUUAGUGCGUACAGUUCUCAGAAAAACUGGAACUAUACUUUUACACUUUGAUCGGGUAUUGAUGUAAUAUCUUGACGAGUUUCAAGUCUCCAUGCUGUGGACGCUCCUCAGCGUACCUGUGGCACGUUCGAAGCUGAGCUCGUCGAAGUUGUAAUCACGGUGUUAAUCCUAGUUUUGAACCGGUUUUCGAACUGGCUUGGUUCAGCCUGAAUUCUACGCGGCACAGUCCUGCUGACUGGUUAGCAAUUCGCUGUCCUCUUCUAAAUUAUAGCUACAAUUACCGUCGGUACUACGAAAUUUAGUUAAGAUUAUUUAGCGCCGAUCGACGUACGGAAAACGGCAGUCGAUGUUUCAUUGUACUCGAUCGGAGACACCGUAUCGCGUUCACGCGAUGCGGAAGGAGAUAUUUAACGAAUAUGUACGGCUGUACGCGUAUACGCGCCGAUGACAAUGAAGACAAUUAAGUCACCGUAACGGUAUUCGAGUGCUGAGUCUAAAGCACUGGGUCUACUGUUAAGGGUUUUUAUUCGAUUUCGUAUAUAUACGAGUGUAUACUACGUUAUACAUGCCGUACAUUUUUAAUAUUAUUAUACUAUAAAGGUACAUGAAUUUUUUAUAUAUCCGAAAGUGUCUUAUGGUAACACUUUAAGCAUUGCCAUACGUAGAAUAAUUCGGAGACAUUAACUUUGUCGUCUGUGUGGUUUCAUUCUAAAUAAGUAAAUUUAUCUUCUCUCUUUUUUUUCCUUUUUAAUUAAAUCGCUAUUGAAUCACUAUAGCUGUUGUAUUAUUAUUAGUUUUUGUUAAUAAAUGCGAGGUAUUUUUUUAUUUCUAAGAGAUGCAUUAGUACACGAUUUCUUUUGGCAUGCGUAUAAUAUUUAAACUAUGUUAAAAUGUGAUUUAGUUUAAUUUAACGUGAAGCACUAAAAAAAAAAAGAAAAGAAAUUCUUAGAUAUCCAAGCAUUUAAGAGUAGUACAAGUGCAUGCAAGUAUUCUGAGGACUUCUUUGUUCAGCAAUUUCGAAACUUCCAAAAAAGCACGUCUAUAUAUGUAUAUAAUAUGUUGUGUACAUAUACAUUAAUUCUAUUACUCCAACAGUGUAUUACAUGUUGUAAUUAUUUAUUUCUUAUUUAUUAAAUCAAGAAGAAAUGAAAAAUUAACAAAAAUUUCGUGUAAAAUUUCAUAUAUAUAUAAAUUUUCUAAAUUUUAUCUAAACCGAGUUUAUUUAAUGAAACUUGGUUUUGUUUUCUCUGUUGCAAAACUGUAGCCUUGCGAAGAUAUCUAAGGAUCAAAGUUGUUAUUUAUGAUAUAUUCGUCGAGCAACUUGAUUGUAUGGGGUUGGGAUUUUUAUUACGUUAUAUGCUAUGUUUUAAACAUUUGCGUAUUAGGUAGGUCCAGUGACUUCAGACUACAAUUACCUAAGCUAAUGAUAAAUUUUUAAUGAAGAUUAACUAUCGUAAUAUAUGUCACAAAGAUUCUCGAAUAGUUCUUGCGGAGAAAAAUUUGCUACGCAAUGAAAGAACACGUUUGCCAACUAAUAGUAAUUAAUUAUUAUAUACAGAUAAUUAAUCCAAUUAAUAUUUACAAAGGUACACAGCACUUUUACGUGUCGAUGGUUGUAAAGAAUUUUCUUUUUUUACAAUAAUCUAUUUUACACGAGGAGCAUGCAUGCAAGUGUUUUUGCGCAUCAUUUCCCCAAUGUAAGCCCAAUGUAAGCAUGGGACGACUCGUAUUGAAUUGCGAUCAAUUUUCUAUGCAAGGGCCUAUAUAAAUUAAUAUUAUAAUUAUCGACUAUCACAUAACAGUUACGAAAUCUUAGUUGUUAUUCUUCUAUAUUUAUAUAUUUUGCAAUGUGUAUAAGACCGGUAUUUUAUUGGUUAUACUAUAAUUUCAAGACUGAUCGGUGUUGGUUCUUUGUAUAUUGCUCUCUAAUACGAAUCAAAAUAGUUGUGUUCCUCAAUUUUAGUUUAAUACCAUAGUCAUUCAUUACGAUUAAUAAUUCGUAAUAAUAUCAUUACUUACGGAACAGAAGAAUGUAAGUCCAAAAGCAAGAUCAUAGAUUUGCACUUCCAAAAUGAAUGAAAAAGUAUUUUGAUACGGAGUCAAAUUUAUAUAUAUAAUUAAUCUGUUAUUUAUAUAUAAGUUAGAUCUGAUAUAUUAAAUAACAGAGUUUCGUUAAAUACUUUUUUGGUUUGAAAACGCGCAAUGUUUGAAAUGACAUUGAUUCUUGUAUUGCGAUUUUUAUGCAGAACUUUAUGUUGUGUAUUGCGGCUAUUCUUUCCAAGAUAUUUCAGUUGUAAAGAGUUUGUUUUAAUUGCGAUGCCAUAAAGAAGUAUCAAAAUGAAUCAUUUUGGAUUUACUUUUUUCUAACACUCACUGUACUGUUUAAAAACAAGCAUGUCAUAUAUAACCGAGCUACAUGUCGUUUGCAAAAUCAGACCAGUGUCUUGUAAUGUAGAUGUAUGACAUUGUUAAGUUAAGCAGAUAUGCAUAUUUGUGAAUGCAAGAAAUGCGUUUAAAAUUGGGCGACUUUAUUAUUUUGAUGUAAAAGAGCAAUAUUGAAGAGGAUAUGAAGCUGGCUGAAAUGUGUGUUAAGCGAUUUGUUUGAUUGACUCGUGUGUAAAUCAAAUCGUCUGCUAAAACGAGUCCCAACUAUUAAGUUUAAAAGAAGCGACCAAACCAGGAAUGACUUUUUAGUGUAAAAAGCACGGUCAUGUAAAAAUUUAUGGAUAAUUCGAUAAUGAUUGAAAUCUAAAGACAUUAGUACGGUGAAUUGUGCAAAAAAAGUUGGAAUAUAUUACGUAUACAUAUGAUGGAGUCUGUUUAAAGAAUAUUAACCCUUUGUACUCGAAGUGUUUGUUAUCCGACAUUGUCAGGGAUAUUUCGUGUAGUGGAAGUGUGCAAGUAAUUUUAUCUUACGUUAUUUCUAAAAUUCACUGCUCAGCUAAGAUUACAACUUGUUGGUAAUUUAAUGUAAGAGGAAUGACCGGGGCGGGGGGGGGGGAAUAUCACUACGGAAAAUUUAAAUUUUGACAGAAGAUAUCUAGCUAACUCUAGAAAAUAUAGAUUGUGGAUUGAUAAGAACAAUCACACGCUGAAAACAAUCGCGAACGUGAACGUGAUAAAAUAAGAAAAGGAUGCUGUGUACGUGUGUGUGUGUAUAUAUAAAUAUAUAUAUAUAUAUAUAUAUUGUGAAUACGUGAAUCAUUAAAAUAGAUAUAGUAUGUUACAAUGUACUCGAGCAGCGUGGAAGUGGAAGUGAAAGUAAGCGCGAUUGAUAACAAACGGAUUCAAUUUUCGUCACAAGGUUCCACUCGAAUAGAGAGUGAUGCAUGCACGAUUUAGGUAGAACGAAUUUUAUUAUUGUGCGUAUAACUUUGUAUGGGAGGAAUUUGUAACUUGUAAAUGUGACGUUUUGCAGCUCUAAUCUAUACUUGAUAGGGAUAAACCAGAAAGUCAGAAUAUCUGUGAGAGGUAAAUUAAAUUCUUUGCAAUAAUAUGUAAUACUGAUGUGACUCGGCGUGAAUAUUUCAGGGAUAGGUUUCUUUGACACUGAGGUAUCGAAUUUUCUUCGAGGAAGUAUUCAAGUGAUAAUCACAACUGAUUUUAUAGCAACAAGUAGUAACAAUACGGUAGUACAGUAUUUUCAGGGCACAAUGGGAAUAUUUGAAUAGCAGAAAUGUGACAAUCCAAUGACUGUCGGUUCUUCCGUCGUUGAUAAUUGUAUUCCUGGUAAUUUUUAUUAUGUCAGAGAAUAUUUUCUUGUUUGCUAUUUUUCUACAUAUCUUCGUUGACGAGUGAAUGCAUUUAUAUUGAAGCGAUUAUACUUAAUAUAUGUCUUAUAUGGGUGCAGUUUUUUUUAUUUAUAAUGCUCAGGAGAAAAAUGUAAUCAUGUUUUAAUGAUAUUCCAAUAGACUUUAAAUAGUAUUGACUAAGUUUAGCAGCAUUCUCUUUUCUUUCUCUGAGCAUAAUAAAUUGAUGUAAUUGGAAGGAAAACAGCAACGAGGAAUAAAUUAUGUACUCGGCAAGAAAUCUAUCCCUAAAAAUAUACGCCCUUAUUAUUCGCGCGUUUUUGCAACACACUCGGUGUACUCUGGCGUGUUUUUUGUAAUACUGCAAUGUUUGCAUAUAAAUAUUCCUAUUUGCAGGCAAUAUUCAAGCACAAAGGGUUAAAAUAUAUAUUUCGCGAUGGUCUGUACAAGGAGGUAGAAAUGCAUCGACGGUUCUCGAUAAUCGACUCCAUCGUUUUUAUCUGUCAAAUUAGUCACGUUUAGUUUAUCGUCCAUCUAUUGAUACAUCACCACAAGCAGCGAUUGCACGCUCAGUCUCCUCUAUCGUUCCCACUGAGUUUACUCGUUUUAAAAACGGUUUGAUACGUGAUGGGUAUUCAGGUAGUUUGAGAAGCCCACCUACAACCAACAUCGACGUCCAGAUGUGCAAUUGUUUAGCUAAACUAUUCAUAUUAUAUCUAUUAUUCAUAAAACGAACGUCGUUGUAAAUAAUGUAAAUAUGUACAUCAGUUCUAUUUUAUAAUAGGGCCAAUGAAUUGAUUUGGCAAUUGAGUAUCAUAACGAAACUCGAUCUACGCUGUAAGCAGAUUAAAAAAAUAGGGUAACAUUAUCAUUAAAAAGGAAAAAAAAACAAUAAAUCAACAUAUGUAUACCUUAAUAAAAUUUAUGUAUUGA